AUGGUGUCUAGAUCAAGUUCGUAUCUCGCGACAAACUCGGUUGAUCUUUUGGCAUCUGUUGGUAGCACACCACUGUUAAAGCUCGCGACAUUGUCCAAGCUCACUGGAUGCAAAAUUCUAGCAAAGGCCGAAUACACAAACCCCAGCGGUAGUAUCAAAGAUCGAGUGGCUAAGUCGUUGAUUCUUGACGCCGAAAAACGCGGUCUACUCCAACCCGGAGGAACUAUUAUCGAAGCUACUGGAGGCAGCACGGGUGUGUCACUUGCGCUACUCGGAGCAUCACGAGGCUACAAGACGCUGCUUACUAUGCCAGAUAAUACAGCGCAGGAAAAAAUACAAAUGAUGAAGGCUAUGGGUGCUCACGUGCAUGUUUUACCCACAACGUCCUUGGCGGACAAAAAAAAUCAUUUUUUUCACGUUGCUCGCCAUCUAGCAGAAAUUACACCGAACGCACACUUUCCUAAUCAGUUUGAUAAUACUGCCAAUAUGCAGGCGCAUUAUAACGGAACGGCGCCAGAGAUAUGGCACCAGGUAAAUGGGGAGAUUGACGGAUUCGUGACGUCUGCGGGAACAUCAGGAACUAUUGCCGGCAUAUCGCGUUUUUUGAAGGAACAAAAGCCGAAUGUCAAGAUCUGGCUUAUUGACCCAAAAGAGACGGCAGCUAUGGCGGUAUUUAUCAAUAAUAGUAGAUUGACAAGCUCAUUUAAGAAUGGUCUAGAAAUUGCGCCAAUGGCGCAGGGUGUCACGAUCGCUGAGGGUGUAGCAGCAAUGGCACGAGUGACUCAAAAUUUGCGUGAGUCGAUCGUUGACAAGGGAAUCAUUGCUACAAACCAGGAGAUCGUGAACAUGUCUUACUUUUUGCUUCGCAAUGAUGGCAUCUUUGUUGGUCCAAGUAGUGCACUUAAUGUGCUCGGAGCAGUGAAGAUGGCUAUGGAACUUGGCCCGGGACACACUAUCGUGACAAUUCUUGCUGACGGUGGUGUGCGCUAUGGCAGCAAAUUGUACAACGAAAAUUGGCUUAAGGACAACAGCUUAGUGCCCCAAGAGGCCGCAAUCCAGAAGGGUGCUACAUCGCUCAAGUUUGUCGGUGCACUCACCUUUCCUAUUUCAGUAUCAUAG